AAAAUCAAGACAAAAAUGUGGGGAAGAAGAUGAUGAGAGACAAGCGUGUUUGAUCGCUGGGAAAGUGCUUUUGGGGUGAGAGAGAGAGAGAGAGAGAGAGAGAGAGAAGGAAUAUUUGCAGAGAGAGAAGCAAAGGCAUGCAAAAUCUGAGACCCACAUCACACACAAUCAUCAAAAGCAUAGAUAGACAUUAACCUAUGAACCCAUCACUGCUUUAUUUUCCUUUUUUUUCACUUUAGUAAGGGUAUGUGUGAGUGUUGGGUUUUCUUUUACAGUUAAAAGGGACAUCACACUCAUUAUUCCUCCUUGCUACUGCCUGUUCACUGGUUCCCUUGAUGCAUGACACUACUGCUCCUUCUUAAUGAUUUUAAUCACUCCUGGACUUCAAAAACUAUGAGAUAUGAGAUGGGUUUUCAAGGAGGUCUCUCUAAGUUCCACAAUCUUCGGGUGAGUUUUUAGUGUUAUGGGGGUCUCAAAGUUUCUAACUUUAUGCUUGUUGCUGAUCUAGUGAGGAACUUUUUUAUGGGAUUUUGUUGGGAUUUGAUCUGCAUUUAGAUGUGGAGAACGUGGAAGAAACUGUGUAAUUGCUUUCUGUGGGGAUUUUUGCCUGCAAGGAUUUUUUUUUUUUCCUUUUGAGGAAUUUUUUUACUCUUUGGAAUUGUGUUCUCAUCUUUCUGCUUACUUUAGAUUACAAUUAGAUUUUGUUUAGUUUUCCACAACUCUAAUUUGGAGUAUAUUGAAUUUUAAGUGGCUCAAUCUUGAAGAAAUAAGUUAUCUUUUUUCCAAGUGCAAUUGCAGUACUUGUUUCAGAGGACAUAUAAUUUCGGGUCUAGGGUUCGCAGGAUUAACUUCAAAAAAACUUCCCCAUUUUCUAUCUUAUAGAAAAUUUUAUUUUCUUUUUUGCAAGAAAAUCCAGUUGUUGCUGAAAUUGUACUUUCUCUGUAAAAAUUGCAUAUCUUGAUUUUAAUAAUGCUGUAAGUUCUUGUUAAACAUGGCUGAAAUUAGACUUACAAGAGUAGAACAAGGCCAAACCAAGAUUCGAAAUGUUCCAAUUGCUGUAACACCAGAAGGUUUUUGGUGUUGUCCUUCUCCUGUUGUGUUUCAGAAGACUGUUAAAACUCAAAAUCCUCUAAACAAAACCAAACCAUCUUCACCACCUCCUAAGACUACUGUCCAAAAGAAACAAGCUCCAUUUAAUGAGAGAAAGCCACCACCUGUUCCACUAAGGCCUGGAGUUGUUUCUGAUGAUCAACGAAAUUGUGUCUCUGAUACUCCUACUGUUAGUGCUCCUAUUGCUAAUGAGAGAGGACCGAGGCCUAAAAUAGAAAGUUUGCCAAGGAAGGUGGCAAUAGAGUUUGGGGAACCCGGAACCAGUGACAUGAAGGUGGUGUUACUUGGAAAGCAAGGAUUUUGUGUGAAGCUGAGUGUCCACAAGAAAGUCUUAGUGGAGAACAGCAGCUAUUUUGCUGAUAAGCUUUCUGGGGAGGAGUCUGAUUUGUCCUGUCUUGAGAUUGACGAUUGCGAUGAUGUUGAGAUAUAUGUUGAAACUGUGGGACUGAUGUAUUGCAAGGAAAUGAAGCAGCGGUUGAUUAAGCAAAGUGUCUCCCGAGUGCUUCGAAUUAUCAAGAUUGCUGAAUUUAUUGGCUUUGCCUCAUGCAUUCAGUCAUGCUUGGAAUAUUUGGAAGCAGUUCCAUGGGUUGGGGAAGAAGAAGAAGAAAAGGUGGUCUCUUCAGUUCUACGACUCCAGAAUGAAGGUGUUGGGGUCACACCAGUUCUGAAACGAGUCUCUUCUGAAGUUGUUAAUCUGCCCAAGGACACACUUUCCCACAUAAUGGAACUUGUUCUUACAAGCAAUGAGGAGAGAGGCCGCCGUGAGAUGAAAUCUGUGGUACUGAAACUCCUUAGAGAGAACAACAGCCUCCCAAGUUAUGCAGGUUCAGCUGACAUCUGCAAUGAAACCAUCUAUAGUUCAUGCAGAAGCUGCACGGAUUCCCUGUUGUCUUUGUUCAGGGAAGCUGCAGAACCUGAGUUUGCUAAUAAACCAAUGGACAGUAGGGAACCAGUGGUGAAACGAAUAGCUCUCGAGGCCGAUAACCUCUCAUGGUUGCUUGAGAUUUUAGCUGACAGACAAGCAGCAGAUGAAUUUGCUUUAAUGUGGGCUAGCCAGCAGGAGUUGACAGCACUACAUGCAAAACUGCCUAUAGUGUCUCGUUACCAUGUUAGCUGCAUUACAGCAAGGCUGUUUGUUGGAAUUGGAAGAGGGGAGCUUCUACCAUCAAAGGACACUCGGCACCUGCUGCUACAAACCUGGUUAGAGCCAUUGAUCAAUGACUACAGCUGGUUACAACAUGGUUGCCGCUCGUUUGAUCGGAAGGUGGUUGAGGAAGGCAUAGGGAGGACAAUCCUGACUCUACCUCUAGAGAACCAACAGAGUAUUCUGCUUGCAUGGUUGGGCAGUUUUUUGAAGGCUGGCGAUAACUGCCCGAAUCUCCAGAGAGCCUUCGAGGUCUGGUGGCGGAGAACUUUCAUUAGACCUUACAGUGAAACUCAAGGUAACACACUCCAGUCAGAUAGCUCAAUGACAUCAAAGCAGUAGAAGCAAUGAGGCUGAAAUGGGAUAUCAAUUCAUAUCAAAAUGCCCAAAGAAGUUGCUUCGGGCGAAAGAAAGAGAAAUGGUUUGGUCAUUUCUCAUUGAACAAGUGAUAAGGUGAUAGAAUGAUACAAUAUUGAUAAACUAGUAGUGGUGUAUUUUAUGAGAGUGCAUUGCAGGCUUGUAAAACUUCUUUUUUCAGUUGAUGAAAUGUGUUGAUUGCUUGAUGUAGAAAUGAACGAGGAAGGAAUGUAUUCGAAAUUGCUUGUCUAGUA